UUUUCAUUCUAUUUUUUUUUUUUUUUUUAGAAUUAAAUUCUUGUAAAGGAAUAUAAAAUGUGUUUUAUUCAUCCUACGGCUAUAGUUCAUUUUAAAGCCAAUAUAGAUAAUAAUGUUAUAAUUGGUCCUUAUUCAAUUGUAGGAGAAAAUGUCACAAUUCGCUCUAAUACAACAAUUGGCGCACAUGUUAUAAUUGAUGGUAAUACAUAUAUUGGUCAUAAUAAUAAAAUAUAUUUUGGAUCAUCAAUUGGUUUAGAACCUCAAGAUUUAAAAUAUGAUGGUAAAUCAAUGGGAUUAACAAAAAUUGGUGAUAAUAAUACAAUUAGAGAAUAUGCAACUAUACAUAGACCUACCAAUGAAAAUGAGAUAACCGAAAUAAAAAAUAACAAUCUAUUAAUGGCCUAUGUUCAUGUUGCUCAUAAUUGUCAAAUAGAUAAUAAUGUUAUAAUUGCAAAUGCUGUCUCAUUAGCUGGACAUGUAAAAAUCAAUUAUAAAGUAGUUAUUGGUGGUUUAUCUGGCGUACAUCAAUUUGUAGAAAUAGGUAGUUUCGCAAUGAUUGGAGGAAUGAGUAGGAUUAUAAAAAAUGUUCCUCCAUUUGUAGUAGCAGAAGGAAAUCCGGCACUAGUUAGAUCUCUCAAUAUUGUUGGAUUAAAACGUGCAAAUAUUUAUGCGAAUAAAGAGUAUACAUAUAUUCAAAAUGUAUAUAACACAUUAUAUAAAUCAGGAUUAUAUUUUAAUGAUGCACUAGAAAAAAUAAAACAAUUUGCAAAUGAGAAUGAAUAUGCAAAUAUAUUUUAUAGUUUUUUAUUAAAUUCUAUUGAAAAUGAAUCCAAUAAGAUAAGAGGUUUAACACCUUUUCAUAUAAAAAAUAAAUUUUAACAUAUAUAAUUAUAAUAAUUAACAUUAAAUUUAAUAAAUUGAUGAGGAUUUAA